GUAGUUGCAGUGGGAGGACCGACCGACCGUGCCGUGAACCGUCAAGUCCAGUGGCACAAUAAAAAUACACGAGGGUAAUUAAAUCUUCAGGAUCUACGAGAACGGUUUGGUCUUCGCCAUGUCACAGUCCACGCUGCAAAACACCCUUCUACUCGUCUUGGUGGUCGUAACCGUACAGAACCAGUUGGCCGCGAGCAGCGAUGUGCUGGAUCUUGGGGACGCCGACUUUGAUUACAUUGCGGCCGAGCACGAUACCAUGUUGGUAGAGUUUUUCGCCCCCUGGUGUGGUCAUUGUCAGAAGCUUGCCCCUGAAUAUGAAACCGCAGCGACACAGUUAAAAGGCAAAGUGCCCUUGGCCAAAGUGGACUGCACGGUGAAUUCUGAGACGUGUGGACGUUUCGGGGUUAAUGGCUAUCCCACUCUCAAAAUCUUCCGGAACGGCGAGGACGCAUCUGCCUAUGAUGGGCCACGCUCAGCAGAUGGCAUUGUGAGCUAUAUGAGAAAGCAGGCAGGCCCCAGCUCAACACCCCUGCAGACUGACGAAGAUCUGGAAGCUUUCAUCAAGAACUUUGAUGCCAGUGUAAUUGGCUUCUUCUCGGGUGCUGACAGCAGCCAGCUUGCAGAGUUCCAGAAGACGUCUGGUGCCUUGAGGGACAGCUAUCGCUUCGCCCACACCACUGACCUGGGCCUCGGGGCCAAAUACGGGCUGGAAACAGAGGCAGUGCUGCUCUUCAGACCGCCAAGACUAAACAGCAAGUUUGAAGACAACGUAGUGACAUACUCAGACUCUGUUUCGAUGUCGGCACUGCGUUCCUUCAUCAGAAAUAAUGUGCUUGGCCUCUGUCCUCAUCUGACUCCUGAUAACCGUGACGCUCUGCGAGGGAAAGACCUGCUGGUGGCCUACUAUGACGUGGACUACCUGAGGAACACAAAGGGAACCAACUACUGGAGGAACAGGGUGAUGAAGGUGGCGGUCGGGUUCGACGGCCUGAGCUUCGCGGUGGCCGAUAGGCAGGACUUCCAGGACGAGCUGGAGGAGGAGUUUGGCAUCGGGGCGGCGGACGGGGGAGAGCUGCCCAUCGUCACCAUCCGCACGCGCGAAGGACACAAGUACACCAUGCAGGAGGAGUUCUCGCGUGAUGGAGCGACUCUGCAGCACUUCCUGGAAGAGUUCUUCGCCGGUCGCCUGAAGCGAUACAUCAAAUCUGAACCCGCGCCACAAUACAAUGACGGCCCUGUCAAGGUGGUGGUGGCUGAGACGUUUGAUGAGAUAGUAAAUGACCAGGAGCGGGAUGUUCUGAUCGAGUUCUACGCGCCGUGGUGCGGCCACUGCAAAAACCUGGAGCCCAAAUACACAGAGCUGGGCCAGAAGCUCUCAAAUGACCCAAAUAUCGUCAUCGCCAAGAUGGACGCCACUGUGAACGAUAUUCCACCUCCCUAUGACGUCCAAGGUUUCCCAACAAUAUACUUUGCACCUGCUGGACACAAAGAUCAACCGCUGCGAUACGAGGGUGGCCGUGAGGUGAACGACUUCAUCAGCUUCCUGCAGAAAGAGGCCAGCCAUCUUCUAGCACUGGAGAACACCAGGGAGGACUUGUGAAACCGGGAGAAGAAAAAAAAGAGAGAACGAGAGAGAAAGAAGAGUUUUGUGGACUUUACUUAAACGCAACACAUUCACAGUUCUACAAAAAAAGCACUGAAACAUUAGCAAUAUAUGGAGAGGUAAUCAUGUGAAUGUGAAAAUGCAGAGACCUUUUGUACACAGCUGUUACAGUCCUGAAGGCCACGAUGGGUUGGACUUAAAUACUACUGAGAGGAUUGUGGACAGCAGUGGUUCUCAAAUUGGGGGUCGGGACCCAUAUGGGGGUCGUGGACGUACUGAAGGGGGGUCGCGGACAAAAGGGACUUGUAUUCACUUGUAUGGUUAAUAGAUAUAUUUGCUGUCUGGUAUAUAGCAAUAUUAGCGGACACACUAUCCAUGGAAAAUCUAGCAAUAUCAAUGGAUUAAUAGAAUUGUCCAGUAGUGUUGCUAGAUUUUCUAUGAAUAAUUUAAUUUGUCUGCUAAUACUGCUAGAAAUGCAUUGCUAGGCUGAGACUGGUGGGGGGGGGGGGGUUGUUAUGAAAUUCUUCUGAAGUCCAAAUGGGGGUCCCUGCUGAAAAGGUUGGGAACCCCUAGUGUAGAGUAAGCCUCUGGGUUCACCUGUGUGCCAUGUUCUGCUGUGAGUGACUGCUCUCCUUCGGAUGCCUUCUCUUUGGGAGAACAUUUAAGGUUAUAUUUUACAUCAUGUAAGUUAGAAGUCAUUUGAUUUUUGGAGGUGGCUGACGUAGAAGUAAAAAACAAAAAACAAAACCUGCGAUAGUUUCCUUCCAACACAAGUAACUUCAAUGAGUAAAGUUCUACAGCUACUAUGGAGCAAUCUACCCAAUUCUGCUCUUGUUGAAUCGAAUUUGGGGGUUUUCCUAUUGGGUUUUAAUGUUUUAUCACCUAGCCACCUCAUUAGGUAUGAUGAAAUACCUGGUGUAACGUAUGUAACAUGUGUUUAAGUUAUACUUGGUACACCAUGAAUUUACUUCUUCUUUUACUUUGGCUACUUCUGUUUACAUCUCAUUUUUAAGGCUCAACUUUGCUUGUUUUGCUAAAUGCUGUAAAGGUACUUAAGUUAUGUAGACGCAUCUGUAUUGUUUAGACUCCACAGAGGCGUUGUGACCAGCAUGGAAAAACGAAUACACAUGUUUUGACCGUGGGGUUUGUAGAA